CGGCGGGCACUGAGGCCACCCGCGCGGGGCAGAGGAGCUGGAGCCAGCGAGCAGGCGGUGACUGUGGCGGCGGCCGCGGAGGCGAUGGCAGGGAAAGAAUUGGAGCGAUGUCAGCGACAGGUGGACCAAGUGACGGAAAUCAUGCUCAACAAUUUCGACAAGGCCCUGGAGCGUGAAGGCAAGCUGGCAGAGCUGCAGGAGCGCUCCGACCAGCUCCUGGACAUGAGUUCGGCCUUCAGCAGGACAAGCAGGGCUCUAGCCCAGAAGAAGCGCUGUGAGAAUAUCCGGUGCCGGAUCUACCUGGGGCUAGCAGUGGCUGGCGGCCUGCUCAUCAUCCUGAUUGUGCUGCUGGUCGUCUUCCUUCCGAGUGACGGGGACAGUAGUAAUCCAUAGGAUGCAAGCACUGCCUGAAGGACUGGGGACUGACCCAGCCUGGCCUGGAGCAGAGGAUGAAUGGCUCCUCUGCCCUGUUCUGGACUCCAGAGAAUCCUGCUGUUUGCUUUCAGCUAGGCCACCCCAGUGAGUGCCGAAGGACAUCCUGGAAAUGUUCACCUCUGCUCUCCCAUCACGCCAUAGACUGGCCCUUCAGGGCAGCCUGCUGCACUGGCCCUGCGAGGCCACAGCACUUGAACUCAGUAAAAGCUGCUGUUUGGUUAAAA